CUUAUAUUACAUCUCAACAGCAUAUUGGUAAUCGUCGACUUCAGAAAGCUAACAAAAUAAAUAUGUAAUAUUAAAAAAAUAUGUUACUAUAGUGGGUAUUAUACAUAUGUAAUGACACCAUGCUGAUCGCCAACAACGUAAUGCGUCAUAUACCCAAUCAUUGCGUGUCGUUUCAUCUGAGCCAGGGUGAUUGCAAGUCGCAACUAUUCUCUUCUGCACUCUUGUUUAUGGCUCUUAAUUGACAGCAUCUUUGGUUGCCGGCAAGUUUAACCUAGAAUUUAAGUUUAAAAUGUAUUGAAUUACUUUAAAGUUUUUGAAAUAUAUUACCAUUUGAUGGAAAACCAUAUUCGUAUAGUUGUUUUAGAUUAUUAUAUGAGUGAACCCAUACCUGGAUUAGAUAUUCUGUAUUCCGACUUUAGGGGUUCGUCCGUAUCUCAAGUGCCAGUCCUCCGCUGUUUUGGAUCGAAUGGAAAUGGUCAAAAAAUAUGUGUUCAUAUUCACGGGGUAUUUCCAUACCUAUAUAUACCUUACGAUGGAACUGGAGAUGCUGAUACUCUUUCUUAUCAGUUAGCAGGUACUAUCGAUAAAGCUGUCAAUAUUUCCCUAAACCAAGGCAGCUCAUCAACUCAGCAUGUAUAUAAAAUAUCUCUCGUAUCUGGUAUACCAAUGUAUGGUUAUCACUUUAAAAAGCAUCAAUUUUUUAAAAUUUAUUUAUAUAACCCCAUGGUGGUAGCGACAGUCAGCAAACUUCUAUCAAACCAGUCAAUUUUAGGAAAAGUAUUUCAGCCUCACGAAGCACACAUAAAUUUUACCCUUCAGUUUAUGAUUGAUCACAACCUACAUGGUAUGAGCAAUAUGGUUGUUGAUGACAUAAAGUAUAGAAUAAAUUCAAGCAUUUCGACAGAGAAUGGCAGCUUUUCACAAUCAACUUUAGAAAAAAAUACAACUUGUGAACUGGAAGCUGAUAUAAAUGCUCAAAAUAUCAUUAACAGGAGGGAGAUUGUUAGUGACCAGUUAGUAGCCAAUCCCGGGAUAGCAGCUCUUUGGGAUGAUGAAAAACAAAGACGUAGAAAUAAAAGCAAAGAGUCUCAGCUAGGUCAGUUUAUAGAAGUAAAGAACACUGAUAUAUCUCCCACUAAAUCACAUUUGGUUUAUAAGGAGGCUCUUUUAAAGAGAUUGACUCUAUUAUCUUCUGAUGAAAAAGUCAAUAGAUUUGAAGAAAAUAUGUCUGUAUAUCCAGCAGAAACUCCAGAUGAUGUAAAUAUUCAGAAUGCCUCUACAGUUGAUUUACACACCCCUUCAAGUUUGGAAAUUUCUUUAGAUGACUCUUUGAUGCAACCCAGUCAGAAUGUAACAUUAUUUCAGUCUUACAUUAAUGUUUCGCUCAAUGAAGCAGAUUUAAGUUUUGCCAAUGUUUUAAAGGAACUGGAAAAUGCAAAUACUGAAUGUGUGGAAGAGGGUAGUAUUCUCUCUCAAACAGUAAUAGAAAACACUGAAGAAAAUGGUGAUUCUGUUGAAGAUUUAGACUUGAGUAUGCCUUUGCCUGAAGUUCUUACACCAAGGGAGACUGAUGUUUUUCAGCAUACUAAUGAUUCCACUGAUAAUAUUUUCCUUGAUUUAAACAACACAUUGAUACCCCAAAUUGAUGGGCAAGUUGACACUGAUUGUGUUCGCUAUAUGACAAGAUGGCAGAUGAAAAAAUUAAAAGAAAAUAUGUGUUGUGUUAAGACUGGAAGAUCAAUGCCCUCACUGGAGUGCUCAUAUAGUGGACUACAGACAUUACCAUCUCAAAGAGAAGAACCACAAAAACAACUAGUAUUAGUACUAAGCAGGCUGCAUGAAAAUAUUAAGUCUUCAAAUAAAAUUGUCAAAUUGCAAAAAACAAAACUACCUAGUAAUUUGAAGAAAACAAGAUUCCAAAGAAAGGGGGAACACACAUUAGAGGAUGAAAUUAGACUUCUGGAUUUCAGAAUAAAUAAAUUGAAUAGAAGGUUUAAACUACAAAGGAUAAAAAGAGUAGUGAGCAAAAAAGAAAAAAUUUGGUCCUUAAUGUUCCAACAAAAGCAUGUACCAAAAUUUAGUCUCAUUCCUGGACAGAAAUGGUUUCUGGCCAAGCGCAAAGAAGAGUCAGUUAUGGCCCAUAUACUCCAACAAACGAGGAAAUAUAUAGAUGAUGAUCUACACUUAAUUGUAGAAUAUCAGGGUAAAUUAUCUAGGAAAUCUUUAUUAUAUAUGAAUUGUGAUGGGACGGCAAACACGAGCUCCUCAGAAGAUGAGUUAGAUGUUAUUGAUUACCAUAAAAGGAGAUCCGGUAAUACGGUUACGGAGAAUAAUGUUUCAAGACCUUUUAAAUGUGAACAGACAGUCGAUAUAACAGAAGCUGUUUCAAAGUCAUCAAAUUCCGUGAGUAAAAAUCCAAGAAAAACAACUAAUUCCCAGUUGAGAAAAACUUUGAAUCAGUCAGAUAAUUCUUUUGAUAUAUUCUCAAAUGGCCAUUGCAGUAAUGCUCUUCCCGAGAAACACUGCAUAGAGAUCGAUCAUCAUACAGAACAAGGCUGUUCUAAUGUGUUUUCCCCAGAUUCUUCCUUGAGGCUAAAUCCAAGUUACAAAUAUUCAUUAAAUUCUGAUUUAAGUUUUAAACAAAUAUGGGAGAAUAUUAUUUUAACUCCAAAAAUAAAGGCACCAACAAGAGAUUGCAUUGAAAAAUCCUUAGGUCAGUAUGGGAUUCCACACAUAAGUUAUUCUGGAGCUUUUUACGGUAACGUGGAAGAUUGUACUGGUUCUGUUGAAAUAGGACAAAACGUUUUGAACAUUCCAAGCAAAACCACAGCUCAUUUAAAAGAAUUUGAAUCUCAUAAUGAUGCUUUAAACAAGUUCCGAAGAUUGAUAGUUGAAACUACUGUCAAACUGAAUUGGAAUCAAAACAACCUUAAAAAGUUAAAACUUAAUCAUUGCGGCAAUGGUGGCUUAAUCAUCACGCCAUUAAAAAAACCGCCGUCUAUGAGAUCUGUUAAUAAAUGGGUAGAUGAAAACACGAAUUCAAAAUCUAUAUCAAAGAAACUUAAGAAGAAACACGAAAAAAACAAUUUUUACAUUCGAAACAGCUAUGAUAGCAACAUGGACUCUAUAUCUAUUUCCUCUUGCACUCAAUCUCAGCCUCAGAAUAGCUCUGAUCUAUUUUCAACCCCUGAAGAAAAUACACCCAAUUUAAGGAAAUCUGUUGUUUAUUCUCAAGAUCGUGACAGAUCAGAUGUCAUUGAGGGAGUGACGCAAAGUAGCUACACUUUACAAAAAUCAGUGGAGAAUUUACAAGCAGUGCGGACUGUAGUUCAAUAUCAGUUCUUAACCACUGUUGUAGUAGAACUUCACAUCCGUACCAGGGAUAAAUUAAAUCCCGAUCCCGAAUACGACCCCAUUUGUGGCAUUUUUUAUUCAUUUGCUAAUGAUGCUCCACGGGAUUCAUCAAGGAUUUUAAGAAAGACGGGAGUUUUUGUUAUAAAUAGUCUGCCUAACGAUAUUCACAAUAUAUCCCCGUCCAUAUUGAAUGGGACUUCUCGGGAUUAUGAUACUGCCUAUGCAGAUUCUGAAGAAUCUCUCCUGCACAAUUUUUUAAACUUCAUUGUCCAUCUAGAUCCUGACAUACUAGCGGGUUAUGAAGUUCAUAUGUUAUCAUGGGGUUACUUAAUUGAUAGAGCAAGAUUCCUAAAUAUUAGCAUUUUACAGUCUCUUGGCAGGAGUCAGGUAAAUAGAUUUACUCGAUUUAAAAAAUCUGACGAUAAUUACGAAUUAGAAACAGCUGUGACAGGGCGGAUAGUGUUGGACAUUUGGAGAUUAAUGAGACAUGAAGUUGCAUUACAAAGCUAUACUUUUGAGUCUAUAGUUUACGCAAUUUUGCGCAGGCGUGUUCCAAAAUAUUUAUUUCAAGACUUGACACAGUGGUGGGAUUAUCCAACAAAUCUUCAUAGGCACAGAGUGAUAGAAUAUUACUUCGUGAGAGUGAAUUCAGUAUUAGAUUUAUUUGAAAAGCUGGAUUUUAUCAAUCGUACCAGUGAAUUAGCUAGAUUAUUUGGAAUCUUGUUUUAUGAAGUCUUAUCAAGAGGUUCCCAAUUCAGAGUAGAAUCCAUGAUGUUGCGUUUAGCUAAACCAUUGAACUAUAUUCCAGUGUCUCCUACUGUGAUGCAAAGGGCCCGAAUGAAAGCACCAGAAUACAUUCCUCUUGUCAUGGAACCGGAAUCCAAAAUGUAUAACGAUCCAGUAAUUGUUUUGGAUUUCCAAAGUUUAUAUCCUUCAAUAAUUAUUGCUUACAACUACUGCUUUACUACAUGUAUGGGUCGAGUCGAAUGUCUGGGGAAAAAUGGCCUAUUCGAAUUUGGAGCGACUCAGUUAAAAAUUUCCAAGAGAGUUACUGAGAAACUUGCAAAAAGGGAUUUGAUUAAUUAUUCCCCAUGUGGUGUAGCAUUUGUAAAAAAAGAACUUAGGGAAGGGAUAUUGCCGAGAAUGCUCAAAGAAAUUCUAGACACUCGGCUCAUGGUAAAGAACGCUAUGAAAGAGAACGCAGACAAUAACAUCCUUCAGAAGGUAUUGCACAACAGGCAAUUAGGUUUAAAAUUGAUAGCUAAUGUUACUUAUGGGUACACAGCUGCAAACUUCAGCGGAAGAAUGUGCUGUGUAGAGGUCGGGGAUAGUGUCGUUAGUAAAGGCCGGGAAACUCUUCAAAGAGCCAUAGCUAUGGUAGAUACUACUUCUGAGUGGGGCGCGAGGGUUGUGUAUGGAGAUACUGACUCGUUAUUUGUAAUUGUGCCAGGAAGAUCUAGAAAGGGGGCAUUUGAGGUGGGCAAAAAAAUCGCAGAGGCGAUUACAAAAGAUAACCCCGAUCCUAUAAAAUUAAAACUAGAGAAAGUGUACCACCCCUGUAUUUUGCAAACUAAAAAAAGAUAUGUUGGUUACAUGUACGAGAACCCAGAUCAAACGGAACCAGUAUAUGACGCCAAGGGUAUCGAGACAGUUAGGAGAGAUGGUUGUCCCGCAGUUUCAAAGAUGUUGGAAAAGUGUUUACGUCUCUUAUUUGACAUAAAAGAUGUCAGCUUGAUUAAGCAGUAUGUUCUUAGGCAGUUUAAUAAAAUCCAAUCAGGGAAAACAAGUAUUCAGGAUUUGACAUUUGCCAAAGAGUACAGAGGUGCGAGUGGUUACAAACCGGGUGCUUGUGUACCAGCACUAGAACUAGCAAGAAAAUGGAAACUUGUGGACAGGCGCAGUGAACCAAGAAGUGGAGAAAGAGUUCCAUAUGUUAUAGUGAACGGCUCACCGGGAUUACCUCUAAUUAAACUUGUUAGAAGCCCGUGGGACAUCCUUAACGAUUGUUCACUGAGGCCUAAUGCAUUGUAUUACAUUACAAAAGUCAUUAUUCCUCCUAUAAACCGGUGCUUUAGUUUAAUUGGUGUCGACGUUAACGUUUGGUUUAACCAAAUGCCUCGCAAACAAACGUUCUACCUACCCAAUUCAUCUCCCGGCAUGAAAACCACUUUGUCUCAAUAUUUUGUUAACAAAAUUUGCGCUGGCUGCGAAUUACCCACUGCGGAUGCGUUGUGUCAGAAGUGUUGUCAGAAACCAGACAUUGCAGCUUUUACUUUAUUUGAAAAACUUAGAAUAUGGGAGAAGAAUCAUUAUGAAGUCAAUUUGAUUUGUCAUUCUUGUACAAGAUCAUUCGUUCAAGUUGCGUGUAGUUCUUUAGAUUGCCCAGUGUUGUAUAGAAGAAUACAAUCCCACAGGGAACUUCAGCAGUCCAAUUAUAUAAGAGAUUUAUUACGCAAUAAAACAUAUUUUUAGAAUU